AUGUUACCUGCUCCUAUAUUUGCCAACAUAGCCAUAGUCACACCCAAAAAGGAACUCCAGCGCCAGAUUGAGGCUGCCCUAGACCAAGACAAAUCCUUAGAGGAAAUAUUACAAUUCCUCCAAAACAAGUCAAAGGCACCCCCAUCCAUCAAACAAGCGUUCAAGGAUUACCAAAUGGAAGCAGGUCUACUAUUCUAUCAAGGGAGAAUUGUGGUCCUGGAUGUGGGAACCUUACAAACAGAGUUACUAAGGAUCUUCCAUGACAGCCCUCUGGCCGGCCACCUGGGUAGACAAUGUAUGCUGGAAUUGAUAUCAAGGGAUUACUACUGGCCUGGCAUCCGUGCAGAUACGUACUGGCAUGUUGACUCCUGUGAAACUUGCCAAAGAAUCUGGAAACCAAGAUACGCAUCCAUCCCCCUGCAGCCGCUAGAACUCCUGUCAUGCCCCUGGCAACACGUGUCAUACAAUAUGAUUGUAGACUUACCAAAGGACGGAAAUAACAACUCAAUCCUGGUCAUUGUUGACAGCUUUACAAAGUAUGGAAUAUUUGUGAAAUGCUCCAAAAAGCUCAAAGCAACCAAGUUAGCGGAGCUAUUCCUGGAACAUGUAUGGAAGCGUCACAGCAUGCCAGAAAAAACUGUAUCUGACAGAGGAAGGGUCUUUAACAACAAGUUCUUGCAGGCCCUGUACAAGCGCCUUGGUAUUGACCCUCACUUUUCCUUGGCUUACCAUCCUCAAAGCAAUGGGCAGACAGAACAGGUCAACCCCUCCAUUGAACACUUCCUCAGGGCCUACUCAGGAAUCAAUCAAAGGGACUGGACCAAAUGGCUUCCAAUGGCGGAGUUUGCCUACAACAAUGCUGUACAUAAUAGCACAGGCAAAACCCUGUUCAAGGCCUUGUAUGGGUGGGAGCCCACUGUUAAGAGUUGUAACUAG